CCUGCGUUGACAUCCAUACGCUGCGGUUUGCGCUCUCGUUGCGUAGCCCCAAAAGCGUCAAUUCUAUGCUUGGAAGCCUGGUAUAGACAUCGGGCCUAACCAUUGAACGCAACAGGGGCGCUUAGUGCCUCCAUCUUUCCUAACUGGCAAAGAUAGCCCAGGACGCCACCAACGAUAUAGAAAGGCGUCGCAUAUUUCCUUACGAUGGAAGAGUGCUGGGACGAUACGGGCCCAUACGCGUUGGCGAAGCUGGCAGACCGCGUGGUUCCCGUACCGCGUGACGAGGAGGCGCAGGUCUCUCUGUACGCGCUGUGCCGCUCGUGGGUUCGCAACUGCCCCUCGCUGCCCCUCGUUGCGGAUGGGCCACCGCCCACCCAGCGGGACACUAAGGAGGCAGCUGUGCGGCUGGGAGAAGGAGCUGGAGCCCGGGCUAAUGGCGAUGGCUUGGCAGGGCAGGGGCCCCCUCCGCAGCAGGAGGCCCAUGGGCAGCAAGAGGCACAACAGGGCGGGCUGCUGAGCAUCCUGCCGCCGCCGCUGCCGCCCACGAGCCUUGAAACCGACACAUGUGCUCCUACCUACCCUUGGGACGAUUUCGAAACCCGGGAACCGGAGGAGGCGUUGCGAAAGUUCAAGGACCACUGGAUGUCUGUACGGCAAUACCACCAAUCCGUACGAAGAGCCAAACUCUCUCGGCACCGGCAGCGGUUGCAAGUCUUGUUUGGUGAGGAGUCCAUGCUACAGCCGCAGACACUGGCUGUAGCUUCGCAUCCGACGGCACAGCCACCCACGUCACAUCAUCCACAGCAGGCAGUACAGGGGCAGCAGCACCCGCAGCAGCCCCUGUUACCGCCUCCCCACCAGAACCACGAGCAAGCAGGUGCCGCCCUGGCAGGCCCGCUGCAAGAUCCCAUGUCCAUGGCCAACGGCGCAGCGCAUGGCCUGGUGCAGCAGGUCGGGCUGGGGUCCUUCCAGGGGUCACUCGUGCUGCCCGGGCUAAUGCCGGGCGGCGGCGGUGACCCACGGGACGCUGGACUGGGCGGCAUUCCUGGAGGUGCGUCUGGGGGCCCGGUAAGCGCUGCUGAGGCGCAGGCGGCGCUAGCAGCUAUCAUGAACCUUGGGCAGCUGGACUCGGGGGUUGAUACCGCCAUGCAACAGCAAGGGCAACAGCAAGGGCAACAGCCACCGCUCUUCCCGCAGCAGUUGGGGCUGCCGGUGUUGGCGCCGCCGGCGUUGGGUGGCAACGGUUCCACAGCUGCGCCGCCGCUGCCGUCUGGCCACACCUCAGCAGGGCUGCUAGGCUUGCAACCCAUGGACAUGCUGUUAGCCUUGCAGCAGCAGCAACAGCAGUUGGCGGCGCUACCACAGGCUGCGGGCCAGGCACAGGGUGCUCAACCGUUGUCGUUGCCUCAGCCACUGCAACAACAACUGGUGCUGGGCCAGAUGCCGCCGCAAGCCGCGGAGGCCGCUAUGGAUGCGGGGACGCUUGGCGCUAGUAUGGCUGCUGGGAUACCUGGCGUGCAAGAGGCUGCGGCUGCGGCGGCUGGCUUGUCGUCCGGGUUGGGGCGGGAUGGCGUGGAGGGCAUGGAAGUUGACCCUGAUGUGCCCAACGGCUCGUAGGCUAAGCGUCGUGAGCUAGAGUAGGCUGAUGUGUGGCAGAAUGUUUUGAGGGAGUUUGAAUGCAAUCAAUGGGGAAUGUAGGUUUUGGGGUUGGAGUGAAGUGAUAAAAUGUACAUAAGGAGGUAGAUUUGGAGUGCGGGCUGCCGCUAAAUAGUUGCCUAUGCUCGCUGAAACCGCCGUACAGAGGUUGUUCCCUGGAUCCUGUUUGGGAAGUGUUCUUCUCUUCUGCAGUUCAGUGAUAUGAUGACCGUAAAGUAUGCACAGCUCACAACUGGUGAGUGCCCCCAACCACUUGAAGCAGGUCUCGCACUACCUAACCACGUUGUGCAUUCCUGGGGGAUCGAGUGCAAAGCUGUUCGCGUUGUGUGUGUGUGCUGGGGGAGGGGUAGAACUUGAAACCCACACAUCAGGUGUAGAUGGGUAUUUGGAUGAUGAUACGUCGGUGAAUUGGGUUAUGUAAACUAGCGAUUCGUG